GCGAAUUGUUUUGAAUUUGUGCACCGUAUAUCGAGUGAGUUCUUAAGUUUUUUUUUAACUGGAUUUAAUAUUUUUAAAAUAAUAAUCGCAUUGAAAACUAGCCCACUCGUGUACCCAGUGUAGAAGUUCAAGAAAUUGUCAGUCGUUACAUAUUAUCCAUUAUUUGGAAAUAUUGUUUUAUUUAGUACCUUGGGAACAGUUUCAAAAUGAUAUUCAGUCAAGAUUACGAACGUACGGUGAGUGACGUUCGUACUAUUAUUAAAUAUGCUAAAUUGGACCACAAUAAUCUAACCAACACGGCUCAGGCUAUCUACUAUCCGGACACCGAUGUCUCUCCAAAUUUGUCUAAUCUCAAGCUGUUGGAAGCAGACGAGCAUAUACUUGAGCAAAUCAAGGAAGGCAAAGUGGUUUCCUUCAAAGGAGCACUGAACGAGAAGGUCGUACUUUGCACCGAGUCGCGCACCUACGAAAUUAAGGAAGCUGAAAUUUCCAACAGCUUACUGUUGGUUCCCCAUCUUAAGCAGGCGCAAGCGACCAGUCGUUCGCCCAUCAAAAGUCCUAAGGGAGGAGUCAAUACCUCGUUGGAUAGUAGCACGGAAGAGGUAGUAGAAGAGGUGGACAGUAUUGAUGAAAUCGAGAGGAAGAAUGUUGUGAAGAUUUUCCACGACUAUUUUGAAUGUCGCCAGGUAAAACCGAAGUACAGAAAAAUUAUAGACCUUUUACGGUUAACGCGUUACUCCGGUGCAGAGAAUGAACAUCUAGUGGAUCGCAGUUUGUUGUUUCGGUUUACACAGUUGUUGGAUACUGUUCAAUGUAGCAAGGAGGAGUUCCAAGAGGGAUUGAAAAAAUACCGAGCGAUUGAAUUCGAAGAUAGAAUUCGGAUGUUGCACAGCGAGUACGAGUAUCGAAUCAUUACACUGAUGUUAGUAUUGAUUGCAGAAAACUCGUGGGAGCUGGAUGAAAUUGAUAAAGCUACUACCAUUGAAGCGCUGGAUGGUAUUGUGCCGUACGAAAUAGUAGAUCGCAUCUUCGAUGUUUACACAGUACCGAAUGAACGCGAGGAAGGUUGGUUUCGGUAUCGCGAAGAUCUGGUGUGCGCACUCUUUGCGGAGAACAUUCUACAGCAAGGUUUGAAAUUCCACAUCGACGAUUUUCUAAGCAACUGGCAACAAAUGCUACCGGAAGGAUUUACGGUCAAUGAGAAGUAUCUUCGAGGCAUCGGAAUAAUCGAUCGAGAAGGAACGGUUCCCUGUGUGCGUGGACUGAAUGAGGCAGACUUGCCAACCAAUCUGCUUGUCCGACUCGGUAUGCUUUUCAAAACGAAAGAACGAUGGAAUUUGGAACAAAUAGAGCCGUACAUAGAAUGCUUUACGACACCCACCUUAGGAGUAACAGCAAUUUUGGCUAAGCACACCCGUUCGUUGGUCGUUAAUGGAGUACGAAUCUACGUUUCGAAGCAUUAGAUUUCUUUUUCUCUGUUUUACUGUAAUAGUAUUAUAGGCUUA